AUGGAAUUAAAAUUGAUUCUGUUGCUCGAUUUAAUAUAUAUCUAUAUUGAUAUAUCAAAAACAGAAAGUAAUAAUUCUGUAUCCACAACUACCACCGAAAAGCCUAUUCAAAAUCCAUAUGAACCAAAAGAUCGUAUUGUUAAUCCACAUAAUUUUUCUUAUUUACUCAAUCCUGGUUAUACGGUAUGCAAUACAAGUAGUAGCAGCAGUAGUUCAUCUGUUUAUAUUCUGGUUUAUGUUCAUUCUGGUCCAACAAAUUAUCAACGACGUAUUGUUAUACGUGAAACAUGGGCAACACAAACAUUAUUUCCUGAAUUACGUCUUGUAUUUAUGAUUGGUAAAACCUUGGAUAAAACCAUAAUGAAAGCGAUAGAGUAUGAAAAUGAAAUAUACCAAGAUAUUGUUCAAGAAGAUUUCAUUGAUGCGUAUAAAAAUCUAACAUAUAAGGGUAUAAUGGCAUUAAAAUGGGUAUCAAUAUAUUGUUCACAAGCAAAAUACAUUUUAAAAGUUGACGACGAUAUUGUUACUAAUACAUUUACAUUAACGAAACAUUUAAAAUUUCUGGAUAAACUUGAUCCGAAUAGACAACAGACAUUACUUUGUUUAGUAUGGCAUGCUAUGAUUGUGAUGAGAGAUAGUAAAUCAAAAUGGUAUUUAAGUAAAGAAGAAUUUCCAUUGGAAAAAUUUCCGCCCUAUUGUAGUGGUUCAGCUUAUAUUUUUACCGGAGAUAUGGCUGCAAAAAUGUAUAAUGCAAGCUUAUAUGUCCCAUUCUUUUGGGUCGAUGAUUAUUAUAUAACUGGAGCAGUCGCAAGUGCUGCCAAUGUAACCUAUACCCAAUUUGGUUCACUGUAUACAAUUUCAGAACAAGUCGCACACACACGUUUUCUAUCGUCGAAAUCUUUUUAUACGAUUAUGUUUGGACAUUUUCCCGGUUCAAUGAAUCAUAUGCGUGAAAUAUGGCGUCGAAUAUUGAUACGAGAAAAAUUUAAAUAUCCAACAAUUGUUAAGUCUCAUUCGUUUAGUUGGGAUGAAACGAUUCAUCCACAGAGCAACAAUUUACUAUAA